UAUAUAUAUUCAUUGAAAAAAAUAGCACAUUCCUCAAACGUUAACUUUUUAUAUAAGUAUUAAAAAGUUGUUACGUGUAGUAUUUGUUAGGAUUUCAAAAUGAGUUCCGCAGGCACUGAACCAAAAAUCUGCAAACAAUGCAACCAGGCUAUCCAAGGAGGAGUUUUAACAGCUAUGGGCGCCAGCUGGCAUACCGACCAUUUUUGCUGCAAUGAAUGCAAAACUCCCAUAACCGAAACCAAAUUCAGGACUAACGACAACUUUCCCUAUUGCACUCCUUGCUACACCAAACUUUUCGCUCCGAAAUGCUUUGCUUGCGAUGAGCAUAUCAUGGAUAAAUGCGUUCAGGCCAUGGGCGCCAACUGGCACGAAGACCACUUCGUGUGCAACGAUUGCAAGUCGAAGCUGAUCGGCACCCAGUUCAUGGACCUGGGCGGAGUACCGCAUUGCCAAAAGUGCUAUGUGGCCAAACACGCUGACAGGUGCAAGGGAUGCAGCAAGCCCAUUGCGGAUAAGGCGAUAGUUGCUUUGGACGCCAAGUGGCACCAGAUGUGCUUCAGAUGCUCCAGGUGCUCCAAGCCAAUCAUGAAAGACCAAUCAUUCCAAGUUGAUGCAGGAAAACCACAUUGUGUCAAGUGUUGAAUUUGUUCAACAAAUCACGGCUUCCAAACUGAUACUAUACAUAUAUCUAAAUCACAUAUGAAAUUUCUAUAUACCUAGUCACCAACAUUAUCCUAUUUACUCAUUUAUGUUGAGAAUUUUUCACUGCAUGUUUUUUAGAAAAAUCAUUGUGAAGCUUAAUAUAUACCUACCACACCAGUUCAAGAAUUUUCACGCUUUUUAUAUUGAAAUUAUUGAAAAAUAAAUGUUAUGCGAACCAUGUUAAAGAUAUUAUAACUGUGUUUGAAAAAUAAAGAUAUACCUCGACUUUGUUUUCGUCUGUUUUUUCUCCGACAUUGUCGUCAUUCUUCUCUUCCAUCUGGACCAUGGUGGGGAUGUUAUCCUCGUUGACUGGGGUUGUCAAAGGGGUUUUUCUCAAGAUCGUCGAUGAUUUUCUAGCAAACAGGCGACAUUUGCUUGGCAGGGUGAGAAUUUGCGUACCAGGUUUGUCUGUCGGAGGUCUGUGCUUGUAGGUGGAAGUUUUGUAACGGGACUUGACG